AUGCCAUCUCCUCCUCCGCCGGAUCCACCGGAUCCGGCUCCUCCUCAUAAGUCAAUGUCUCUAGAUCCUCCUCCCCAGCCAAUUGUAUCUUCUCCUCCGCAUCCGCCAUCGCUUGGGUCUAAUCCGAACAUAAAUCCACCGCACUCAACCACAUCUCCUUUGGCGGUGAUUCUGAAUCUCGCCGGUCAUGCCGGUGGUCCUCUCAGAUUUUUCUCUCCGAUCUUCCGACUCCAACCAGAGAAUUCAAAUUUAGCUUCACAUUCGAUUCCUUCCAUCACGAGCCCCCUCCCACACUCUCAGUCGGUAUUUUCCGGCAAGCUGCACCUUUCCGGCGUGACGAAGGGUUUAGUCGAACUCGCCUGGUCCUCCUCACCCGUCGCGUCAAUCGUCGUCAAAGACAACUACCUACUUUGUGGAAAGUUGGGCCUUGCCCAUUCCAUCUUCGUUAGGAGUCUUGGGCCCAAGUGUUUUGGGCUUCCUGAUCCAAUAAGAAGGUUUAUCAGCCUUCUUCUUUGGUUGCAAUUGAUACGUUUGAUGGUACUUAGUCCGUUGAGGCUCUUUGCCUCUACUCAAAUUUCCUCCAUAUCGGGCAUGGAGAGAUUCGUGUUAUUCUCUUUCUCUCCCAGAAAAAGAAUUUGUUCAUCAAAUCCCCUUUCUAUGAGAGACGGUGCUUCUUCGGUAAUAAUAUCGAGGAAAAUUUCCAACAUACUCAUCGCUUUGUCUUCUUGCGUAGCGGUCUCUAUGGGGUCAGAAGAAGCAACCAGACUCGUUACACGGUCCGGAGAGGAUUGA